CUGGUGAGGAGGGUAUUAAGGCGCGCUGGUUCUGGGUGCCAGAACAGAACACUGCACCCAACUCAGUCAGGUUUAAUUCUCCACAUCAGCCUAUGGAGAGCAGGAUCAGACCCCUGGCCCUGGCAGGGCACGCCAGUAACCCGCUCGGUGCUCUACCAGUGCCCCCUUCCCUCCUGCGCCACCAGCCACUCUUCCUCCGGGCCUGCACCCCCGCGAUGGAGAGGGGAUACCCGCGGACCCCGAAGUGUGCCAGAUGUAGGAACCACGGCGUGGUGUCGGCGCUCAAAGGCCACAAGCGCUUCUGCCGUUGGAGAGACUGCGUGUGCGCAAAGUGCACCCUAAUAGCGGAGAGGCAGCGGGUGAUGGCUGCGCAGGUGGCGCUGAGGCGGCAGCAGGCGCAGGAGGAGAGCGAAGCACGGGAACUACGACUCAUGUACCCGGACUCUGGGAUCGGAGGGCAGGGAUCCCCUCUGGGCCGAGGGCUGCCAGCUGCUAACAGCAACACCCCAGCAGCUGCGGGGCUGGACGCUUUGGGGACUCAGAGCCACAAAGACGAUGAUAAAGUGAACAAGUACAACUUCUACAACGGAUUUAUGGGUCAGUCCCUCUUCGCGUCUCAUGGUGCGCGGACCUCUCCCAGUAACCAGGAUUUGUCUCCGAUCAGUGGGAGCUCGGUUGCGCACCCCGGGAACAGUGGAAGUCCAUCACCGCCCUGCGAUCGGCUCUCAGACCACUCACAGAGUCCUCUGUCCUCCUCGGACCCAGAGUCUGGGAGCGAAUCGGAGAAGCCGUUUCUGGACCGUGACCCCACCGACAUCUUGGCCAAGAUCUUCCCCCACCAGAGGCGGGACGCCCUGGAAUCUAUGGUGAGAACGUGUAAAGGUAACAUAGUGAAAUCCAUCGAGCUGGUGCUGAACUCCAAAGAUGGGAAGAAAGACUCUGGGAGUGAGUCUCCGAGCACCAGGCCUUCUGGAGCGCUUGGUGCGCUUGGGACCAACAAGUCGGCCUUCUCCCCGCUCCAUCCCCCCGCACUCCCCGGUGGAGACGGCCUGUACGGGCUCAGUCCGCGGCUUGGUGUGAGCCCGCUGCGGCUGGCCUACUCCUCUGGAGGUGGCAGCAUGACGGGUUUUAUGUCACCGUACAUGACAUCAGGACUGAUGCCGCUGCUGACUCUGCGUCCGCCGCUUGACUCCCACCCGUUCCCGGGAGUGAUUCGAGACAUUUCAUACAUCCAGAACAAGGAGUCCCUGUGCAGCGCUUCUGGUCUUUACGCACGACUUAAUGACAAAUAAGAACGAACUGUGAUGGUUUAUGGAUUCGGUCAUGGGUCAAAACCAGGUUUUCAUUAAAAAUAAAUAUUGUUAUACUUUUUUAUUUUUUGCAUUUUAUGUAAAAAGUUGAUGAAUAUCUCUGUUUCAAUAAAGUCAUCUUGUUUUAUUUGUAAACCAUCCAUCCAUCCAUCACCCGUCAUCCAUAUAUGUUGGCUGAUCCAGUUUAGUUUGUGAUUCGUGCCUUACAAAGUUGGGAAAGUGUACAAGUGGAGUAAAAACGAAAGAUUAGCAAAAAGCAGCAGAAUAAAAUGAUUAGAAAAACAAUGUAAAGAUUUAAGAAUUUACCUUUUGGUGUUACAUUUCAUGUGUCAAGCUGUGUUUUCUUAUGGACUCAACUAAAUAAAUAGCAACAAACACAUCGUUCUGAGAGAAUGUGCCUAUUGAAGCAAUUUAAAAAAUUGCACUGUAACAGUCUGUCAACAUAAUUUUGUGUUAAUGAGGGAAUCUAUGAGUUAAGUGGUUCAUCAAUCAAUCGACCGACCGAUCGAUCGAUCGAUCAAACAAUAAAUCAAUCUUCAUUUGUUGAAGUAGAGGGGCAAAAUGUGAGGUAAAACAGCAAAAGUCUAAUAAAAUUGUAAACAAAUGUUUAAAAACAUUGUAGUUUACCUUUAAAACAGUAAAGUCGUGCAUCAUUGAAACAAACUUAAAGAAAACAGGGAUUACUCAAGACAUUCUGACAGUUCUGUAACCUAUAAAUUAAUUACUAUCUAUAAAUGUUUGUCUCUAGUAUUUGUAAUUAUUAUUUACUCGAAACAUUGGGACAAAAAUAUUCCCAACUUACUUUGUUUUAAAGUAAAAUCUGGUGAAACAACACUUAAGUUUGCACUGUAGUAUACAGGAAAAACAAUAGAAUCAUUCCAGAAUAAAAGCACCGCUGUUCUCGCUUGUGAUUGGUCCAAACCACCACCAUGCCUCCCGUACAGACUAAUAAAAUAAC